AGGUGUCAUUCACUUAUGUUUUUUAAUACAUUGGAUGACUAUUACUACUAAUACUAUAAGUGAAUGAAAAGCCUAACCAAACACACUGUCAGAGAGAGACUGACUCUCACUUAACUGAACGAACGGUUCGACUCAAUGAUCGAACGGGUAGUUCACGCGAAUCCUAUGUAUGUGUUGUGUAUUAGCUCCGGGAGUCAACUAUUCAACCGUCCAAUGAGUGUAGAAUCUGUAGUAUAUUUUUAACACUACUUUCCACACACAUAGCCAUACCAUCCCUUGAAUGCCAGCAAUGAGUCAGUCAAUGAUUUUUUGAGUACUGUUUGUGGCGGAGAUUUAAGGGACCGAUCAAUGAUUGCAUUUUAUUUGAAUACCAAACACAUUGUAUGACUGACUCUGACUUCGACUGUCUGUCUGUCUGUUGAAUCACUCUUUUCAUUAUAAAUGUGUUAACUCUUCACACAUAUGAGUGACACUUCUUCUCUGACUUUGUUGCAGACAAUGACCACAACGACAGCCACAACAACAACAACAACCAGUACUACAGCAUUGACUGAUACUGUCUGUCAUAUUGUUUCCGAGUGUACCGUUUGUGGCCAACAACGACCCGACGAUUCAUCACAGAGUAGUUGUCCUCCACUACAACAACAACAACUGAAAUCCUGUUGUUGUCUGCAAUCGUCUAAUAAUAAAGAUAUCAACGAAAUACAAGACGACCACAGAAACCAAAUCAACGACUUCUUGAACGCUAAUCAUCACAACAGCAACGAGUUUCAAAUCCGUCACUCGAAGUCUGAUCCAGUGAUUCAUUCAUCACAUAAUAACUACAGAUUUUAUAUCGAAAGAUCUGAUAUCGAUAGCAAUAGUGAUCUAAACACCGAAAUCAAUACAACACUACUCUAUCCUCGUUGGUUUUCAUCGUCGUCAUCGCUAUCAUCGAUGGACUCAACAAUUAGUGCCGAAGAUUUUAUCCAUGAAAUGGUUACCAUCGAAGGUCUCCGAACAGUAUACAACUCAUGCUUCGAAUGUGGAGUGAGUUGGCAUCAGAAUCACGUCACCCUUGACUGUAGUGAAUGCGGUGGUUAUGCUAUGUCUCGUCCCUGUCCUGAAUGUGACGGCAAAUGCGACUCCCAAUGGCAACGAAACCUAAGAGCUACUCAUGAGCUCCGAAAAGCUCAAUGGGUUGGCCAAUGCAACCAACGAUUGACAACAAAUGAAUUGCGAGACUCAUCCACCAAAUCAUCAUCACAUCCACAGCUUAUAUCAUCGUUAAAAGUUUAACAAUAAAUUGAAGCACUCUUUUAUUAUAGCAAAAUAUUAAAUGAAUA